GCGUCGCAUCGUACUGACGUGACGCACGGUUGCAAAUCCUGCCGUCAACACCACUCUCAUCCGGCCCCACCUCACCUGCCAUCGCUUAUCCCAAAUCCCAAAUUCCUCUCGAGCCUCGAGCCUCUCUCGACAGCAUGGGUUCCGACUUCAAAGCCAUCCCUCUUAUCGAUAUUGGCGCGCUCGUCGAGAAGAUCGAUGAUCCUGACAUGGCCAACGACGAGGGUUUGUUGGACGUCAUCCGGUUGCUGGACAACGCUUGUAAGGAGGCUGGAUUCUUCUAUGUGAGAGGCCAUGGGAUUUCGGAGUCGCUAAUGACAGAAGUUAGGGAUAUCACGCGCAAGUUCUUCCAGCUUCCUCACGAGGAAAAACUGAAGAUCAAAAUGACACCUCAGAGUGGAUAUAGAGGGUAUCAGAGAGUUGGGGAAAAUGUUACCAAGGGUAAACCUGAUAUGCAUGAAGCAAUUGAUUGCUACACGCCUAUCGAACCAGGCAAAUAUGGAGAUCUUGCUAAACCAAUGGAAGGAUCUAAUUUGUGGCCGGAGAACCCAUCAAAUUUUCACACGCUGCUACAAAACUAUACAAGCCUUUUACGGGAUCUUUCAAGAAAGAUCAUGCGAGGUAUAGCCUUGGCAUUGGGUGCACCGUUGGAUGCUUUCGAAGGCGAAACAGCAGGAGAUGCUUUCUGGGUUCUCAGAUUGAUUGGAUAUCCAGUGUCAGCUGACAUCCCGCAAGAGCAACUCACUGAUACCGGGUGUGGAGCUCAUACAGAUUAUGGCUUUCUGACUCUGGUUAACCAGGAUGAUGACAUAUGUGCUCUUGAGGUCAGAAACCUGUCUGGUGAGUGGAUAUACGCUAAGCCGGUACCUGGAACCUUUGUUUGCAACAUUGGUGACAUGUUAAAGGUUUGGUCCAAUGGGAUAUAUCAGCCCACACUCCACAGAGUCGUCAACAACUCCCCUCGUUACCGUGUAUCUGUCGCCUUCUUCUACGAGUCGAACUUCGACGCUGCGGUGGAGCCCGUGAAGUUCUGCCGGGAGAAGACGGGCGGCGUUGCCAAGUACGAGAAGGUCGUCUACGGGGAGCACCUGGUUCAGAAAGUCCUCACCAACUUCGUCAUGUAAACGGCUGGGGCAGGGGAGGGGAAAGAGAACAUAUUCUGUAAAAAGUACUGAAAAUGUUGGAGCCGCUCAUGGUGUUUCAUCAAUCAAUAAAACCUAUGGCUUUUGCUUCA